AUGGAUUUUACAACAAUGCCGGUGGUUAAGUUUAAAACUACCGGAGAGUGGUUUGGUCAUUUCGAUAGGUUGCAGAAGUCACGAUUUUCGAAAAUUCUCGAAAAUUGCAUUGCUGUCGACUGCGAAAUGGUUGGUGUAGGUAAAAACGGAAAGACCUCAAUGCUUGCCAGGGUAUCGAUCGUAAACUAUCGGGGUGAAACUUUACUGGAUAAAUUUGUCAAACCUACCGAAGAGGUUAUAGAUUAUCGUACCCCGUGUAGUGGGAUUACCCCAAGUUUAUUGGAAAAUG